AUGUUCUUAACCCUGAGCUGGGGUGCGGGGUCCUUUUUUGGUCAAUCAUGCGGUGCCCGCCGCGCCAUGGCGGACGACGGCGGGUUCGGCAAGGUCGGCGACUGCCACUGGCGCGGCGACCGGCGGCCAGGCACCGCAGAGGCGCCACGAGGCCCAGGCGGUCUCCCGAGACGCCUCUUUGGGGCACCAUGCAUGAUUGGCCCACCAACGAUGGGCUUCGCUGGUCGGACGGGCACGGCCGUCAGGGCAAGCGACACCGCGAGGAUGGCAGCUGCAGCCAGCGAUGGCCACCACCGCCAGGGGCAGGAGAGGGGCGCCGCCGCCGUGGACCCCCGCCUCGGGCGCGCCCCGCGCCCUGCUGGAGGGCGCAGUGCGCGCGCGGCGCUGGUCUCAUGCCGCCCCCAGCCUUUCUGGCGGACGGAUGUGAUCUCAAUUCGCCCAAAGAGGAAGGGCGUGUGCACGCCGGGAGGCAAGACAUGCACGGAGGACAGCAUGUGCUAG